UAUGUGAUUCUUCCUCCCUCAAUGAAACUCUGAAUGGAGACCAUUUUCACCAGCCCUGGUUUAUUGACCAGCGCUUCACCUUGUCUACCUUGUGCCUCCUGGUUAUUUUCCCCCUCUCCAUCCCAAGACAAAUUGGCUUCCAAAAAUAUACAAGUAUCCUUGGCACUUUAGCUGCCUGUUACCUGAUGGUGGUCAUUGUGCUGAAGUAUUACCUCAAAACAGAUCACGCUGUUAAGCAGGAGCAUCCCCAUUCUGCUAAUUCUUGGGCCUCCAUGUUCAGCGUUGUCCCGACCAUCUGUUUUGGGUUUCAGUGUCAUGAAGCCUGUGUGGCCAUCUACUGCAGCCUGAGCGAUAAGAGGCUGUCCCACUGGGUGGUGGUGUCUGUGAUGUCCAUGCUCUUCUGCUUGUUGAUCUACUCCAUGACAGGUUUGUAUGGCUACUUAACAUUUGGUGCUGACGUCGCUGCUGACAUCCUAAUGUCCUACCCUGGAAAUGAUGUAGUGGUUAUCGUAGCUCGGCUGUUAUUUGGCAUCUCCAUUAUCACCAUCUACCCCAUUGUCCUUUUUCUAGGAAGGUCCGUCCUCCAAGAUUUUUGCCUCGGCUCCAAGCAGGGCUGUAUCCAGAUGGAGAACAGUGAGAAGUGCAUACGAAUUCUGCUGACCACCGCCUGGGUAGUGAUCACCCUCAUCAUUGCCCUGUGUGUGCCUGACAUCAGCGAGGUGGUCAGCGUCAUUGGUGGCAUUGGGGCUUUCUUCAUCUUCAUCUUUCCAGGGCUAUGUUUGGUGUUUGCAAUGGAGACGGAACCCUUCAGGCCAAGAACCAAGUCCUGCCUAAUUACCUGGGGGAUCAUCACUGUCCUUUGUGGAGCUUUCGUCUUUGGGCAAAGCACAGCAUCGGCCAUCAUGGCACUAUUGCACAAACUCUAG